AUGAAGUUCUUCUCCGCUGCUGCCUUCGUCGCUGCUCUUGUUGCCUCUGGAAACGCUUGCCUCGGAGGAGGAGGUGGUGGUGGAUGCUGCCCACCAGCCCAGCCAAGCUGCGGAAACCCAUGCCAGGGAGCCGGACCACAAUACGCCGCUGCACCACCUCCACCACCACAGUAUGCUGCUCCACCACCAGCUGCCGGAGGAUACCCAACCGCUGGAAAGUAA